UUUGCAGUUCCAUUUUCCCAUCUGUUGUUUCUUCUUUCUGGGUACAUAUUGCUUAAACCUCUUCAAUUUCCAUUAAAUUCUCAUAAAAAUCACUUUUUUUAUUUUUAACCUUUUUUCUUAGAAGUUUUUUAGUGUUCAGCUUUGUUUUUACAAGGCCUAGUUGUGGAUUUAAGGUUUGUGGAAGAAAGAUAAGAUAAGAAAAUGGUUAUUGAUGGGCAGUAGAGGUAGAACUGCUGAGGACACUAAUAAGGUUGUUAACGGGAUGCCAAGCUACGCACCUCCAUCUAAUUCCAUGGGCAUGGAGGGAACUAAUAUUCAUCCUUCUCGAAUUUCUGAUUUUGGAGCCCUUGAACAAUCUCUAGGAUUUCGUGUUGAGGAUGCCAUGAAUCUUAGCAGAAAUCCAGUGUUUAAUCAAAUGAAAGCAAAUAGCCAAGCUUUAGGUGCUGAUAUUCAAUUUGGUGCUUUAAGUAAGUCCAUUGCAAACUCGGAUAUAAACCUCUCUGCUGCAAUUGCUGGGUCUCAGACAUUGCAAUUACAAAAAGACGCGAUGCCAAAUCUGGCUUCAACAUCUGGUGGCCAUCGUGAGAAUUGGGGAGAGUCCAACAUGGCUGAGGGAAGCGCUGAUACUUCAACAGAUGAUACAGAAGACAAGAAUCAAAUGCCUGAAAGGGGGGAAUCCAGUGAAAGAUCAAAAGAUAAAUCGGAUCAAAAGACGUUAAGACGGCUGGCUCAAAAUCGUGAAGCUGCCAGGAAAAGCCGACUGAGGAAAAAGGCAUAUGUGCAACAAUUAGAGAGCAGCAGGCUGAAACUGACCCAACUAGAGCAAGAGCUACAGCGAGCACGCCAGCAGGGAAUAUUUAUUUCAAGUACUGGAGAGCAGACCCAUUCAAUGAGUGGAAAUGGUGCAAUGGCAUUUGAUGCAGAAUAUGCACGAUGGUUAGAAGAGCAUAAUAGGCAAACCAAUGAACUAAGGGCUGCAAUUAAUUCUCAUGCUGGGGAUAUUGAACUCCGUACCAUUGUUGACAAUUUCAUGACUCAAUUUGAAGAUAUCUACAGGCUGAAAGGUGUUGCAGCAAAAGCCGAUGUUUUCCACAUUCUAUCAGGAAUGUGGAAGACUCCAGCUGAGAGGUGUUUCAUGUGGAUUGGAGGCUUUCGCUCAUCUGAACUUCUUAAGCUUCUUGUAAGUCAUUUGGAGCCUUUAACUGAACAACAGUUGAUGGGCAUCUACAACUUGCAACAGUCAUCUCAACAAGCUGAAGACGCUCUUUCCCAAGGAAUGGACGCAUUGCAGCAAUCACUUUCCGAGACAUUGGCUAAUGGUUCACCCAACCCAUCGGGUGCUUCUGGAAAUGUGGCGAAUUACAUGGGACAAAUGGCUAUGGCCAUGGGAAAGCUCGGUACUCUUGAGGGAUUUCUUCGCCAGGCUGAUAACCUGAGGCAGCAAACGUUGCAACAAAUGCUUCGUAUAUUAACAACCAGACAAUCAGCUCGAGCUCUUCUCGCAAUAAGCGAUUAUUUCUCCCGGCUGCGAGCUCUGAGUUCUCUAUGGCUUGCACGACCAAGGGAGUAAACUGUUUCAAAGCUAUAUAUAUGUUCUUUCUGCAUGAAGCUGGUAUCUUUUGGGAAAUGAAUUUCUGUUGUGAAGAAGAAGCCUAGUUGUGGUGCUUGUAAACAUUAGAUACUGUGAUUUUUCUAUUCUCCUCCACAUACUGCUGGUGUGGUACAACAUUUUUCAUUAAGCUUUUAUAUGCUUUGAAAAAUAGUCUCAAUAAUUUGAUUAUAUAGGUGUAUGAUAGAUAGAGUUGAAGGGGGAAAAUGUAGAAAUAGUAUUUGUAUUUUAGGUUACAGUUGUUCAUUGUAUUUCAGAAAUCAAGCUUAUUUGAGGGUGGUUUCCUCUCUCUUGGUUUCUUUUCCUGCUUAAUGGUUUGUGGUUGCACACUGUUGUAUGUAUAUAUUCGUUUUUUCUUGUGCUGUAUUGAAAAGACAUCACUGACCAGUCAGUUGAUAUGUCUCUUGACAAAUAUUUGUAUAUAAUUUAUCUACUUGUUCUUGAGAUAAAAGUUGUAGGCUCUUUUGAA